CGUACGAGCUUCAUAAAGGCAGGUGUGUGAGCGUCCGCAAGUUGUCAAUCCUGACAUCCCUUGUCAUUCCUUCAAACACUCACACUCAUUUAUUUUUUGCCCUUCAAUUCCAUCAUACAUCACUCUAAUUCGCCAUGUACUCGACAAUCUUCGCAUUCUGCGUCCUCCAACUUAUUGUGCAGGCAGCACGCGCGUUGCCUCUGAAGGCACUCGGCAAGCGGGACGACUACCAAGGCGAUGCGACGUACUUCGAGACCGGGACCGGUGCUUGUGGAUAUACAGACAAUGAUAGUGAUCCCAUCGUGGCCAUUUCGCAUCUCAUCUAUGGCGAGGGCGGAAAUUGUAACCAGUGGAUUCAAAUCACCAACCCGGCCAAUGGUCAGUCGCAGUACGGACAAGUGCGCGAUGAGUGCGAGGGUUGCGGGCAGUACAAUAUCGAUCUGAGUCCAUCACUCUUCCAAAGCCUUGGGGAGGACUUAUCUGUUGGCCGGUUCGGGGUGGACUGGCAUUACAUGGACAAGAACUUCUCACCCUGAGCGGCCUACUAGGUCUCGCCUUGCUAUACGAUCAGAUGACCAUGAAACAGGACUGAGCGUGUUGCUUAGAGAAUCAAGCAUUCAAGUUAUUUGUAACCGCUUGUUU